AUGAAUAAUAACGAUGAAGAAGAUCGAGAAAUUGAAACAGAGAGUGACUUUGAAGAUAUUGAGAAUUCUUCGACAUCAUUUACAGAGCUACUGGAAGAAUAUGGAUUAGAACAUGAUUGCCCAACCUUUAUAGGAUUAAGCGAUUAUGUUAGAUUCGUUGCUGGUUCUACUAUUGCAGCGGCUCGUGCUGUUAUUAACGGACAAGUCGACAUAGCGAUUCAUUGGGAUGGCGGAAGGCUAUUACGCCGCAAGUUUGAUAAAGUUUUGUAUAUUGAUUUAGAUUUACAUCAUUCGGACGGUGUGGAAAGCGCGUUUCUCUACACAGAUAAAGUAAUGACAAUUUCUUUUCAUAAUUACGCGAGAGGAUUUUAUCCUGGAAGUGGUGCAUUAACUGAUAUCGGACAAGGCAAAGGCCUGUAUCACACAGUAAAUGUUCCACUUCGAAGGGGAUUGAGAGGUGCGCGAUUUCUACAAAUAACUGAACACGUCUUAGGGCAUGCGUAUAAUACAUUUCAACCGGAUGCGAUUGUAGUACAAUGUGGUUGUGAUGGCUUAACUGGUGAUCCGGCGCGUGAAUGGAACUUGGAUAUACAAAGUUUUGGUCAAUGUGUUCGUGGAAUUGCUAGUUGGAAUAAGCCAACAAUUUUCUUGGGCGGUGGUGGAUAUAAUCAUGCAAACGUUGCUAGAUGUAACGCGUACAUGACAAGUUUAUUGAUAGACGGUGGUAUAUCGAUUCAAGAAGAUAUACCAGAACAUCAAUAUUUCGAAGAGUAUGGGCCUGACUUUUCGUUGUUCGUUGACGCAGGAAACAGACCAGAUUUAAAUGACGAUGAGUAUUUGACGGAUGUGAUGGAUGUGAUUCUUGGAUAUUUCAAGAAUAUUGAAAAGAGGAAUACUCGUCAUUAA